AUGGGCUUAGAAGCCUCCAACUCCAAGGACCCUGCACACCUGAGGGCCCCCAGCCAAAAGCCAUGGAAGAAAUGCCAUGCCCCAUACCAAAAGCCAAGCCUAUUGGAUUGGCUAGCAGGCCAUCCUUCUGACCAGAACAACCCCAGAGCCUCCCCCCCAUUUGCCCAGCCCACACCAAGAAGAGCUGCGCCUCCACAAGUCCCAUCUCCCCCUCCAUCUCUGCAUCUCCAAUCCCCAAUUGGAGCCCCUGCCCCUCUCCCACCAGCUCCAGCAGCCCACUACCCUGCUCCUGUUAAGGUUGACCACCCCAAUGCCUACACAGGCAAAAUAGGGAGCAAGGGCAAACAGUGGCUGACUUGGAUGCUGGCCUGGACCUGCCUCAACUUGUGGAUGUUCCCAACCAACCAGGAGCUUGGAUCACACCAAGCUAUCCUCCAAACCAUUGAGGGGUUCAAACUGGAGUUCCUGGCAGCUUUUGGCAACCCUGAUGCCACAAGGGCUGCCAAGCAGAAAAUAACCACCCUUACCCAGUCUGGCACAUGCGCAGACUACAUUACAAAGUUCAGAACCCUUGCUAUGGAACUGGACUGGAACAAUGUGGCCCUUUGUGGUCAAUUUGCCUGCAGCCUCCACUGGGAGGUCAGCCAACAAAUUGCUACCUGCAAGCACCAACCCUGUACCCUCCUCAAGCUGCAAAAUGCAGCACUUAUCAUCAACAAUGCUCUCUGCAAGGAGUGUGCUAGCCACCCACCAAGGGAUAAUAAGCCUAGCAAGCAGUCAAACCUUGCAAGGGGAACAAGUACUGGUCUGUCAACCACCAGUUCAUAA